GAGUGGUUAGCAGAGGCAAACAAUUUUAAGGCACUAAUUCCCGUGAAUUGUAUCAUAUUGAUUGUCCUUUGCUGUGCGUUUGAUUCCCAGCAGUAGAAAAUGUUUGGGGAGGUGUUUUUGAAGUGAGAGAAAGCAGAGUUUGCCCUGUGUACACAUGUGCUGUCCCUGUCUGUCAGAGGUUAAAAGACAGUUUCAGCUGCCUGGACUCAUAUUGGAGGGUGUCGUCAUGGAGAGAGCUGCUGUGAGCAUCGCCCUCCUAGGGGUGCUGCUGGCUGUGGUCACCACACUACCAAACAAGGACGACUGGGACAUCUACAGCUUCCACAUCAACUCUACAGUGAGCAGUCGUUAUGCCACCACUGUCAUCACCAGCCGCGUGGCCAAUCGUAUGGACGAGUCAAAGGAAAUUGAGUUCCACGUUCGUAUUCCAAAGAACGCCUUCAUCAGUAAAUUCAGAAUGUUUAUGGAUGGGGAAGUGUACGAUGGUGUUGUGAAAGCUAAGGAGCAGGCUCAGCAGCAGUACACUGAGGCUGUGUCCCGAGGCCAAAGUGCAGGGAUUGUCAGUUCUGUUGGGAGGACCCUAGAGGAGUUUAAGACCUCUGUGAAUGUGGCUGCUCACAAAAAGGUGACCUUUGAACUCACGUAUGAGGAGCUGCUGAAACGUAAGCUCGGUAAAUAUGAGCUCCAAAUCCAUGCUCGGCCCAUGCAGCCUGUUAAAGAUUUCAAGGUUGAUGUGUACAUCCAUGAGGAAGCCGGCAUUAAUUUCUUGGAAGUUAAAGGAGGACUGAGCACCAAAGCUCUGGGAAACGCAAUCACCAAAACACUUGCAGACAAACAGGCGUGGGUUUAUUUCUACCCAACAGAAGAUCAACAGAAAACAUGUGACAGCUGUGGAGAGCAGGGUAUGAAUGGAGAUCUGGUGAUUGUUUAUGAUGUCAACAGGGACACCACAUUAGGAGACAUCACGGCAUCUGCUGGGUAUUUUGUUCAUCAUUUUGCUCCAUCUAGUCUGACUCGCAUUCCAAAAAAUGUUGUUUUUGUUAUUGACCAAAGUGGUUCCAUGAGCGGCAGAAAAAUACAUCAGACCCGAAUAGCUUUAAUCCAUAUACUGAAUGAUCUGGCAGAAGAAGAUUUUUUUGGUCUCAUCACUUUUGAUGGUAACAUCUUUCAUUGGAAACGAGAACUUGUUCAAGCAAACCAGCAAAAUGUGGGAAGUGCCAAGGAAUUUGCACGGAAUAUUCGUGACAGAGGAUCCACAGACAUUAAUAGAGCGGUGCUAGAAGGUGCACGAAUGCUGAAUGCACAUCCAAGAGAAGGUUCAGCAUCUAUCCUUAUACUCCUCACUGAUGGAGACCCAACAUCCGGAGAGACAAAUCUUGAAAGAAUACAAUCAAAUGUAAAAAAGGCCAUCGCAAGUAAAUUCCCCCUCUACUGUCUUGGAUUUGGUUUUGAUGUCAAUUUUGAGUUCCUUGAGAGCAUGUCACUGCAGAACGAUGGUGUGGCACGGCGGAUUUAUGAAGACUCUGAUGCCGAUUUGCAAUUGAAGGGUUUCUAUGAAGAGGUGGCCACUCCACUGUUGACUGAUGUGACGAUGAUCUAUAUUGGUGGGACUAAUCUAACCCAGACUAACUUCAGUCAGUAUUAUAAUGGCUCUGAGAUUGUGGUAGCCGGUCAGAUCACUGACAACAACAUUGAAACCUUCACUCCACAAGUUCUGGCCAUCUCUAGAAAUACAAGAAUGACAUUUACAAACACCGACGUCACAGUGGAAUUAACUGGGACAAUAUCCGACAACCGCAUCCAGAGGGUCUGGGCCUACCUCACAGUCAAACAACUUCUGGAGAAAGAGCUGCAAUUAUCUGGACCUGAAAAAGAGACGGUGAAGAAAGAAGCCAUGGAGUUAUCACUUAAGUACAGCUUUGUGACUCCACUUACAUCCAUGGUGGUCACCAAGCCCCCAGGUGAAAGAACAGAUGUACUUCAUAAACCCAAGGAAGGAGAAAGACUUGAUCAUCACAGUCAAGGACCUGCAAUUUCCCCUGUUCACAGGUUUUUAACAAAAGCCGAGCAUCUGUCCCUUCCACUAUGCUUUGAUGUCUCAAACACCCGUCUUAAACUUCUCCACCAUCCCAACUGGCAACUUUCUGUGAAUGGUGAGCUUGAUUCAGCACCAAAUGGAGGCUUUCAAAGGAUUGUCAUCCACUUCCAAACUAACCUGACUAUUGAGGUCGACACCAGUGGAUUCACUGUUAGAGAGGGACAGAUAUCCACACGUUACACAGGACAGGAUAACAUCGCUGCUGGAAGAGCGACUGUGAUCAAACGGGACAAGGAGACAGAUAUUACUGUUGGAGAGACACGUCUGGUCAUCUUACUUCAUGAAACAGCUGGAAAACAAUUCCUCUGGCCGGUUUUAAGACAGGUGCCAUCGGACAACAACACGGAGGGAAUUUUAGUUUUAAAGCCAGAAGCUCGUGAGGAAGUGCAACAGUCUGUAACAAAAGUAAAGAUCAACGACCAGGAGAUUAAUGUUACCAGAUCCCAUGCUGCUGAUUACAGUGUGGCAUCCCCCCCAUCACUGAACUGUUGGCUCACGUCUGCUGAGUCAGUUCUGCAGAGACCCCUGGACCAUUUCACUGUCACAGCCCUGUAACUGGGAGCUAUACUGGCACACCUUAAAUGACACCAUCUUAACAAAAAAUAGGCAAACACUGAAACAUCAGGCAUAGGAAGUUUACCACCUGUUGCAAAGAUAAAUAAAUAAAUAGUAUCCCAGGAGUCUGGUUGUUUUGUAUUAAGUUUAUGGUCUAAUAUUUACCCAAAGGAUUGUUUGGAUAAUGCCUCUGUUUCAUUUUGUUCAAAUAUGCUUUCACACAUGAAGACUUAUGUGUUUGUCUAGUAUCUUCACCAAGAACAUUAUGCGAUCACUGCAGCACCUGUCCAACUUUCAGCAGACUUCUACAAAAACUAC